UAAUAAUAGUAAUAAUAUCGAACGUCACAACGAGGUUCAGUCGACAAGAUGGCGGCGAGUGGGGAGAGGGCGCCCAGUUGGCCAGGUGCUGCCGCCGCGUCGAGUUCGGCGCUAUAGUUAACUAAAUAGGUACGCAGAGCAGUGUUGUACAUUUAGAACGUUCACAAUGGCUACCGUUAAGGACACGUCUACUUUCUUUCUGGAGGCAGAUGCAAAACAAUUUGACAGUGUUUUGAAGUUAUACCCACAAGCUAUUAAAUUAAAAGCUGAACAGAAAACGAAGAAACCAGAAGAACUCAUAAAAUUGGACAAUUGGUAUCAGAAUGAAUUACCAAAGAAAAUCAAGUCGAGGGGUAAAGAAGCACAUAUGUUGCACGAAGAAUUGGUGCAACUCAUGAAAUGGAAACAGGCGAGAGGAAAGUUCUAUCCACAAUUGUCAUAUCUUAUUAAAGUAAACACACCAAGAGCAGUAAUGCAAGAGACGAAAAAAGCUUUCCGGAAAUUGCCAAAUAUUGAAUCAGCGAUGACAGCUCUUAGUAAUCUCAAGGGAGUGGGGACAGCCACAGCCUCCGCUCUUUUAGCAGCGGCUAGCCCAGAAAUUGCACCAUUUAUGGCUGACGAAUGUAUACAAGCUAUACCAGAAAUGGAAGGUAGCGAUUACACUGCCAAGGAAUACCUCAAUUUUGUUAAGCAUAUUAGAAAUGUCUGUGAUAGAUUAAAUAAGGAACAAAAUGGCUGCGGCAAAAAAUGGUCACCACAUAUGGUUGAAUUGGCCUUAUGGACACACAACAUAGUAUCAGACUUGCAACCAGAACUGCUGGGCAAGAAACCAACUCUAACAGUACCUUCAAAUGGUGGUUCACCACUACCAAGUGACGAGAGUAACCUUGAACCACCAUCCACCAAUGGUAAUGGUAAACUUGCAGCAGAAUCGGUUAACGACGACACAACCUCAUGCACAGAAGAUUCAUUGGACGCGAAAGCAGCGUCACCUGCCACACCUGCCUCGCCUUCUGACAACUCAGAUUCCGCUCUUAGUACACCCCGCGCUAAAAGACAAAUGGAAGAAGCGAGUUCAGCAGAAGAGAACUCGCUCGGAGACUCGCUGGACGCGCCGCCAGUCGCGCCGCCGGUCGCCAAGAAGUUGCGGGAAGCCACGCACUGACACCCGCGCACCCACCGAGCGACCCUCGAGCGCCUAUAAAUAGCUUUUAGACUAAAAUAUUGUACCUAGGUAAUUUAUUUUUGAAUUCCGUUUAAUUUUUAAACAUAGCGUUAAGUUUUAAGAGUACCGGUCGAUUUUGUAAGUUUUAUAGGGUAUUGAAGUUUCGGAUGCGUCUAGAUGGACUCGCAACGGGCGCUCCGAGAGUGUUUGUACAAUGUGACGCGAGUGUAUUGCGGAGCGACUCGCGGCGAGGCCUAGUUAGGUUUCGUUUGUAAGGAUAUUAACGUUCGAAAGUUUGCAUCGCGCGUGACAUUCCAAUAAUCGUAACGAGUAGGGCGGCGAGGGAUCGUCGCCGCUGGAUCCGGACCAGAUGCCUUGACGCCAACAGGCCGUCACACUCACUCCAUUGCCUUAUGACACAGUCUGCCCGCAGAGUAUAUAUGCAACAAGAGAAUACAAAGGUCGUGUUACCCGGGCGCCGGGCACACGGGCCCACAAUGUAGUUUUUAUUGAACAAAUAUAAGAUAUUAAUUUUAUAA